AUGCAAUUCUUUACCAUCCCAGUCUUCGCCAUUUUCGCCAUCGGCGCCCUCGCCAUGCCCAGCAAUCUCGGGGCACCUGAGCUCGAAACACCUGCUCUCAAGGCACGUGAUACCUGCGAUACUGUCCUACCGGCCUGCUUCGGCGGCUCGAUUGUCGGCGCGAAGACUACGUGUCGCUGCGAUGGCCAGAAGGCGAAGGGAGAUUGUGAUGUUUGGGUUUGCCCCGGCAGUUCCACCAGUGUCGUAAGUUUCUUUUUACCUAUUGCUGCUCAGUUGCUAUUGGCAUGA